AUGAAGAAGUCAAAGAAGAACAAGUCAAAGCACCUCCAGGAUCCUGCCGCUGGGACUGGGAAUGGCGAUGGAAACUUCUCAACUACUACAGUGACCAUCCAAGCCGAUGACAACGCCAGCGACACCAUGACGCUUGUUGAUGUCUUCCCUAACAUGUCCGUCGGUGACCUCUUUGAGUCCGACGACAACAACACUUCGGUUGAAACUUCUUUUACCCCAAGCUCAGAGGUCAGCACCGACGACCAAUCUACUCCUGGCGCAGAGGCCAGCAACAGUGAGCUUGACCUCAAGACCUCCCACAAGAAAGGGAGGAACAGCCGACACCAGAAGAAGGCCGAGGUUGCAGAUGAUGUGGAAAGGGAGCCUGGCAUCUCGGCAAACACAUCUUCUGCAGAAACAAGUACCAUCUUAGAGAAGCUUACAUCAUCUGAAGCUAGCAGCGCUGAGAUAGAAAUGGCCCAGUCAACUACGUCUGGUGAAACCGCUUCUAACGAGGCAAGCACCUCUGGUGGCGAGUCCUCCAAGAGCGGGUGCGCCUCAUCCAGCGCGCAAUCGUCAAAUGCAGGCAACUGGACCCCCUCAGAGGAUGCUUUCAUCAUCAGCAUGAAGAAUGGCGGCGAAUCCUGGGCCUCGAUUGGGAACGCCAUCAACCGGGGCAAGAAUGAGGUCAGGAAGCGAUGGCAUGUGGCCAAGAUCAACGCCGCAAACUCAGAGUCCGGAGGCGACUCGCAGACUGAGUCUGGAGGAGAUGUUUCCCAAUCCGACUCUGUGGACGAGACCCAAUCUGACCAGAGUCAGGAGGGGCAGAAGGCUAAUGAAAAGUUCAAGUCCAAGGCCGAGAGAAAGGCUGCGCGAAAGGCCGACCAGAAGAAGAACAAGGGAAAAACUAUGGCAGACGACACGACCAAAGAAACGGGAGACUGCGCUCCCAAGCCAAAGAGACACGGCCAGAAGGCCAAGAAGCAUGAAGGCAUUAAGAGUUCGGAAGGGCCUAGCACCCCCAAAACCACCCCGUCCUCCAACUCCAUCGGCGACUCCCCCAACUCGUCCCUCCGCAGCCGCCUCGCCCUGCUGCGCGACACCACUUCGACAUCCUCUUCCACAUCCUCCGCUACUAGCAAUGAUGGUGAGUAUGGCGAUGGCCCUCCCAACCAAUGCUACACUCGUGAGCUCGCCCGCCAGGAGCGCUACAUCCGCCGCCACGUCAACCCGACCCUCUACCCCUCGCCGCCGCCGCCAUUGUCGUCGCUGAUGCUUCCCCCGAAAAUUGCCAACCCACCCAGUCUUUUGGACAAGCGCCAGCGACGCGACGAUAAGAUUCUGGCGUCUUUGGUGUCCCAAAGGGAGGCAACAAAGUGGCUUGAGAUGCAGGCCAACUUCUACAACGUCACGGGCCGGAUGGUGCCUCUACACAUGAUCAAGACGCGCUGUGAUGCUGAGGAGGACAGAGGCAAGGCGGCAGGCAUUCAGUACUGGGCCGCCUCAGUAGCGCACGACAAGGAGAUGCUGGAUCCGAAUGAGGGUACCGAUGCCCCAGAGGACGCGCUUGUCGACAGCGACGAGGAUGACGAGGAGUGA